UGGCGUCCCGGCGGUCGGUGUCCCGGCGGUCGGUAACGAAGCACAAUGCCCCCACCAGGUAGUCCAAGGCGCCCUUUCCCAAGCAGCGCUGCAGAGUUCACUCGGCCUCGCCGAAGUCUCUGCCCAGCACGUGGUGCGCCCUCGGGCCAGCGGGGAGGGGGAAAACCCCGGGACUGCCUCGCCAGGCCUCGGCUCCCCGGAGACUCUUGGGGCUCUGGGCCCCAGGGGUGAUUCAGGGGCUGCCCUUCCCGACCUGGGCUCGCCUCCCCGACCUCCUCCUCUGCUUCACUGUCCCGGGCCCAGCAGUUGCCGGCGCACUCAUGCUCCGAGGCCUGAGCCGACCGGAGGCGAGACAAGCACAGGGCCCUGCGCGCAACCAGGCACCUAAGGAGGCCUGCCCGGUGCAGACUCUCCUGCUCCCACCGGCGCCCUAACCUCUAGAGUCGCUGAGAGAACGGGAGCUAGUAGCGCCCCCACCCAACGCCACCUCGGAGACUCGGGCUCCUUCUCUCUCAACUUCGAACAAUACAAAGUGUGCUAGAAGACAAGAUGGCGCCCAGCAGGAAGAGCGGAGAAAGGCAGGGGUGUAAAUCUGGCUUCCAAACUGGAAGCGUCAACAAAGGAGUGGGAGGUCUAACUGCGCAGGCGUGCAGCUUCGGCAAACUUUAGAAUUCCAACAGCGGGGCGCGUCCAAAACGUGGUCCCUGACUGAGACUUAUUUUACGCCACUAGAGCGGGGGUGGGUAGCGUCAGAAAGAGCGGGGAGCAGGGGGCGGGCCAGCUUCGCCGCGGGAAAGGAACGGGAGGCGGAGUGUCCGCAGCGCGCACGCGCAACGAAAGUCAAUGGCGGUCUGGAGAGAUUGGCGGAAGCUAGCUUUGCAAUAUGGCGGCCGAGGCGGAUGGACCGCUUAAACGGCUGCUCGUGCCGAUUCUUUUACCUGAGAAAUGCUACGACCAACUUUUCGUUCAGUGGGACUUGCUUCACGUCCCCUGCCUCAAGAUUCUCUUCAGCAAAGGCCUGGGGCUGGGCAUUGUGGCUGGCUCACUUCUAGUAAAGCUGCCCCAGGUGUUUAAAAUCCUGGGAGCCAAGAGUGCCGAAGGGUUGAGUCUCCAGUCUGUGAUGCUGGAGCUAGUGGCAUUGACUGGGACCAUGGUCUACAGCAUCACUAACAGCUUCCCGUUCAGCUCUUGGGGUGAAGCCUUAUUCCUGAUGCUCCAGACGAUCACCAUCUGCUUCCUGGUCAUGCACUACAGAGGACAGACUAUGAAAGCUUCUCCAGGCAGCCACCAACUACCACAAUGGGCACACAGGCCAGCUCUCAGCCAUCACAGCCUUCCUGCUGUUUGGGGGCUCCCUGGCCCGAAUCUUCACUUCCAUUCAGGAAACCGGAGAUCCCCUGAUGGCUGGGACCUUUGUGGUCUCCUCUCUCUGCAACGGCCUCAUCGCUGCCCAGCUGCUCUUCUACUGGAAUGCAAAGCCUCCCUACAAGCAGAAAAAGGCACAGUAGAGCCAGCUACUGGAGUCAUUCCAUUUCCACUCAUUCACCCAACCUCAGGGUUCUCCCCAUCUGAGCCAGCCUGCUGGUGUAACUUACUCAUCCUCCAUUCCUCUGCACUUGCAGACUUUCUGAGCCAGGGUUUUCUUUUAGUGGAAACAAAUGGUUGACGGAUCCAGAUCCUUAGAAAAGGAGAGGAUGGGGGUAGAGUCUCCCAAGCCAAAAUUUUGACAUUUGAGUGCUUUUGUAAGCCCUGUACAUGUACUAUUAACUCAUUCAGCCAAGCCUCCUCUAGCAGCAAUUUCCAGCUGUUUAACACUAUCCUGGGCAAAUGUUUUACCCUGUCCUCCAGCCUCCCUGCUUCCCUUCUGGCCCUAGGAGACCGAGCCUGGACGGCAGAGUGGAGAGGACUGGGAGGCUGUGGCUGUCUCCCUCCCUCAGCCCGGCUGGGACUGUCUCCUGGACCCCAGUGCUGGGGUGGGGGAAGGGGGAUGGAGAAUGACUCAGGCAGGGCCCCAGGGUGGGGUGAGGAGGUUCCUGCUCUGGCAGGUCUAGGCGGAAGGGAGUGGAGAUGGGGCUGGUUCCUGCUGCAGUGAGGGGAACGGGAACAGAUGGGACAAUAAAGACUGGAGACUCAGUUGAGUAAUACAAAACUGUUUAAUACUA